AGUUGCAGCCGGAAACGUGAGUAGAUUUGCCAACUGUUGUGGGGAUGCUGAGGAGAGAGCAUCCUUCACUGUAGGUUUUCACACACACACAGGCCGUGUGUUUUAUACGCCGUGAUGUUACAACGCCGAGCAGUGUUACAUUUUACUUGACUGCCGUGAGUUGCUCUUACACGGAAAACUACGCUUUCAAGCUAAGCUAGGAGCUGACACUCCAAGAUUAGCGAUGGUGGAUUUGUCCGAAGGUGGUGCAGUGUCAGUCGGACACAACAGAGACAGACAGGGAUCAGGUUCGGGUAAUAAUGAUAGGAUAACGUCGAAGAAGUCUCGAACGAGAAGAGGCAAAAGAGGAAAGAGAAGGAGGAACAAAAAGAACAACAGAAACAAAACGCCACCGCCGUAUUUACCACCGGAGGCUGAAGAAGGGAACAUUGAAUAUAAGUUGAAGCUGGUCAACCCCACACAGUACCGCUUUGAGCAUCUGGCCACACAGCUGAAGUGGCGACUGCAGGAGGGCCGUGGCGAAGCUGUCUACCAGAUAGGAGUAGAAGACAAUGGUCUGCUAGUCGGCCUGACUGAGGCUGACAUGAAGGCCUCACUCAACACUUUAAAGAAGAUGGCAGAGAAAGUCGGGGCUGACAUCACUCUCCUCCGAGAGAGGGAGGUUGACUACGACUCAGACAGAAACACGCGCAAAAUUGCAGAAGUGCUUGUUCGAAAAGUUCCUGAUGAUCAGCAGUUCCUGGAUCUGCGGGUGGCAGUGCUAGGCAAUGUGGACUCUGGGAAGUCAACCUUGCUGGGUGUCCUGACACAAGGCGAGUUGGACAAUGGACGAGGCCGUGCACGGCUCAACCUUUUCAGACAUUUGCAUGAGAUCCAGACCGGACGCACCUCCAGUAUCAGCUUUGAGAUCUUGGGCUUCAACAGCAAAGGAGAGGUUGUGAACUACAGUGAGUCCAGGACAGCUGAGGAGAUCUGCGAAAGUUCUUCCAAGAUGAUCACCUUCAUCGACCUUGCAGGACACCACAAGUAUUUAAAGACCACCAUCUUCGGCCUCACAAGUUAUUGCCCUGACUUUGCCAUGCUGGUGGUGAGCGCUAACACUGGUAUUGCUGGUACAACUAGGGAACACCUGGGCUUGGCCAUGGCGCUGAAAGUUCCUAUCUUCAUUGUAGUCAGUAAAGUGGACCUGUGUUCCCGAGGCACUGUGGAGCGAACAGUCAGACAACUAGAGCGAGUUCUGAAGCAGCCAGGCUGCAACAAGGUGCCCAUGGUGGUGUUGAACCCUGACGAUGCUGUGAGUGCAGCACAGCAGUUCACCCAGUCCACAUGGUUGAUGAGAUCUACUCAGUUCCUGACGUUGGGACUGUGGUUGGAGGAACUCUGUACAGUGGAAUGUGUAGGGAGGGUGAGAGGCUGGUGGUGGGUCCAACUGAUGAGGGCCGUUUUCUGCGUCUGAAGGUGGGCAGUAUCCAGAGGAACCGCUCUGCCUGCAGAGUGCUGAGGGCUGGACAGGCUGCAACGCUGGCUUUGGGAAACUUUGACCGUUCACUAUUGCGCAAGGGCAUGGUGAUGGUCAGUCCCAAGAUGAACCCAACCAUCUGCUGUCAGUUUGAAGCUGCCAUUGUCCUGCUCUUCCAUGCCAAGACUUUCCGUCGGGGGUCACAGGUCACCAUACACGUUGGUAAUGUCAGGCAGACUGCCACUGUGGAGUGCCUUCAUGGAAAGGAUGAGCUGCGUACUGGCGAGAGAGCUGUUGUUCGUUUCCGCUUUAUCAAACACCCCGAGUACUUGCGCCUGGGCGCUAAGCUUCUCUUCAGGGAGGGCGUCACCAAAGGCAUCGGCCAUGUCACCUGCCUGCUGCCCCCUUCUCAGAAUCACAACCAGAACCACGACCAGAACCUGCAGGAUUAUUAAAAAUUGCUCCUUCAUCAAACAGACAGAUGUUGAGGCAGUGAGAAUGAUGACUGCUUGGGGAACAUAGGUCUCUGAUCAAAUUUAGCCAUGCACAUCACGUUGGAGUCCCACCUGUCUUGGAUCUAUGUCUCUGUCUUCAUCCGUUCCUGCGGUGAUGUCAGAAAGGCUGUUUUCCAGCAAACAUUCAUAUCUUGAGUUAAAGCUGGAUGACCAUUAAGUGGACUUAAGCCUGAAGAUUAAUUUGAAGUUUUGCCACAGAUUGAUUAAAAGGUUCAUUUUUAUCAUUGCCACUGUCACAGGAGUAUUUUAAAAGCAUGAAUAGUGCUUACUCAUUGCUGAUGUGGAGUGAAGGUGUAAUUCUGUUUCUCUUGAUGUGCACGAUGGAUUGACCUCGCUCUUCGUACUGUCUCAGAGACAUGUUUGCACGCUUAAACUCAUCAAGAAAUUUGGUGAGGGAAGAUUAUAUUUAGCACAUACUUUAUUUUCAUUAGUCUUAGGUGGAUUCCUUUCUAAGAAGUCUGCUUAUGAUGCCAAACAUUUUAGACCCUUGCCGUGGUUUUUUUUCGUGGUCUAGCCACUGGGGUAUUUUUCACAAAGCAUUGGAUGACUCAGGCGCCAUUAUCUGACAACAUUGGUGGGCAAACUAUUAAUUUGUGAUUUCAAAUAAUCACCAGAAGUGUGUAACUUCAUUAGCAACAUCCUCCCGAAAUGCGCCAACAACAUUGAGAGUAACAUCCUCCUCUCUGCCCCUUAAUGCUCGCUGGUCGCUAUGAUAAUGCGUAAAUAUUUCCAAAUAAGACACACAACUACAACAAGGGAAAAGACCCAGUUAACUGAGUUAAUGAUAGAAAACCCUGAAAACCAUCAAUUUCACACCCGAGCCUCAACUCUCGUGGCGCAGUACGAAAUGACUCAGGCUGUUUUCCAACAAACAUUUGUGUCUUAGCUUAAGCUGGAUGACCAUAGUGGACUUAAGCCUGAAGAUUAAUUUGAAGUUUUGCCACAGAUUGGGGGUUGCGGACUGCUGGACUAAUUAUUGCAAUGACUGAUCUAUAUGUACUGAAUGGUUGACUAAGGCUACAUUCACACUGCAGGUCUUAAUGCUAAAUUCCGAUUUUUUGAUCAAAUUCGACUCUUUUUUUUGUCUGGUUGUUCACACUACAAAUAAAAUGCAACAGCAAAUGCGCUCUAGUGUUCACGGCCCUCAAAGCAUGCACAAAAGAAGACGCAAAAGAAGACGUCACACACAACGCGCUCUGCUUAUAGAAGUAAAAAUGGCUGCUACAGAGCUAGUAGGUGUUGUUUCAGCAGUCUAUCAAUUUCUGCACAGUCAUAACCGACAUAAUUUUGAAAAAUUAAUUAGGAAAAGAACGACACUGAGAAAAAAAGAGAGCCCGUGCUUUAACAAUGGCCUCGUUUGGACCAGUGGCUCCAUGCAGAGGUAUAUAUGGCCACGGAGUCGUUUAGCUUGUUUGAAUUGUCUCCCCAUAUGCUAAUCAAGUCCAAAACCUCAGUUUCUGUGAUCGGAUAUGGGUCGCAUAGGGUCAGAAAAGUCGGAUUUGAUGCAUUUUCGCCUGCAGUGUGAACGUAGCCUAAGAUGUUUUGGUGAUUCAAAAAAAUGUUUGGUCUUUUGAUUUGAGAUCACAUUGUACUAGUUUGUAUUCAGAACUGUAAAAACAUACUUCAUGCUAAUACUUAUUUCUGCAGGACGACCAGGUGAUUUCAUUACAGUUAUUUUUGAGGAUGAUUUACUUUCUGAAUGUUGGAUGAAAUAUAUAUUUUCGUCCGGAGUUAAGCUGUUAGUUAAAUGCAUCAUAAGUCACUGUGUUCCAGGAGUGUGGCAGGUUCCUUUUCCCUCAAGAAGGUGAAAAAAAAUUUUGUAGAAGAAACUGGUAUUAAAUUCUUAACCAUCAAAUCCUGUACAUUCAGUAUCUGCAUUUACGAAUGACAGAAAUAUUUGCUACUAGGUUUCCAGUUUGUUCCAACUCUCCAUUCAUAUUUGUUGGCUGUAUUAGAAGUUUGUACAUUUUAUAAGCCAGGCAGCUUUUGCAGCUAAACCUAACCUGCAUGCCCUUUGAGUGAUUAAAAAACAAUCGCACAUUUCAAGUAUAACACACAUGUGGUGGAGUGUUUAUGCAGGUAAACUUCAUUUUUCUGGGGUUCUGUGCAAUUUUAAAGCUAAAUAUUGAAUGUACUUUCCUUGAUCCUGUGUAGCAUUUCAAUCUUAUUCCUGUUUAAUAGAGUGAUGGUUGAUUUCGCACUUUGUAUUUUGAUUCUGCAUGUUGGAGACUACCAGUUCUGCAGUACAGUGUAACGUGGAGGUGGUACUGAAAGGUGUGACAUGCUAAAGCUGAACAUUUAAAUGUUAUGGGGUGAAUUUAUUAGUUUUUACUGACCGUCCCUUUUAGUGAGAAAUAAAAAAGUAACAGUAA